CUACGUUUAUAGUUUAAAAACACUGUAUAAGUUUUGCGUUGAAAUAAAAAUAUGGGGGCCGGCUGCAACAAGGGUAUAGUCAUUGAACGUGGCGCCACAGUAAAUAAUUAUGGCAACCAACAAGUAAACGCAACGGCCACAUGCAACCAAGAAGAUCGCACAACUGGAACAGAGUAUUAUAAAUUCCAGCGAGCUUCCACAGACACCGACAAGGAGGAUCUGGCUCCCGUAAAAAAUCAACUCAUAGAAAAUGAACAGGAGGAAAAAUUAAUGACAGCAGUUAUUGUUAAAAUUAACAAUGUAAUCUAUAUCAAGAAAAUACCGGAUGAAAUAGAAGAAAAAAAUAAGCCAUCAACUUCAGUACGCAUCGAAUCGGAAAUUACAACAUAACCCGGUCUUUUGGCAACAUUUCUGCUACGCCUUUGAUAAUUUUUCUGUAUUUAAAAAAAUACGCAAAUGAAUUAUAUUUCUGUUUCAUAAUGAUUCUGCUUUAAAUUGUGCGUACAACGCAAAAUGCAGUAAUAAUACAAGCAUAUGAUAACUACCUAUUUUGCUGUUUCAUAUAUAGUAGGGUGGGGAAAGAUGGGAUACUUUUAGCACAUAAUAUCCAAAUAUCCUGAUCGUGUUUUAAACAAUUAACAACAGUUUAUGUGAGUAGUAAGGAUACAGUUUUAUAAAUCUUUGAAUGGUUUUUGUUUACUACCAAAUAAGUCGAGAAAAUAGAAUGAAAAGGUGUCCCAUCUUCCCCCACCCUACUGUAUAUGAUUCUGUGUUAUAUUGUGCGUCGAAAAAAUGCCCAAAAUUUAUCAAUACUUAAUACGAUGUGUAAAUUUUCAUUCAUUCAAUUAUAGCCUAUAUACGCUGAUUAUCUGAAAACAAAUCCAAAUAAAACAAACAUACAAAAACCGGAA